AUGCAGACAACUCCCGGAGAGCCAACAUAUCCUUCCGGUCUAAGGCUCGGUUUGCUCAUCACAUCUGUCUUUGUUGCAAUGUUUCUUGUUUCUUUGGACAGACUAAUCAUCACGACCGCCAUCCCCCAAAUCACUGAUGACUUCAACGCUGUCACGGAUAUCGGGUGGUACGGCUCUGCCUAUCUCCUGACACUGUGCGCCUUUCAACUUCUCUUUGGAAAGAUUUACUCAUUUUUGAGCAUCAAGAAGACACUAUUGUCCGUGAUCUUACUCUUUGAGAUCGGCUCUACCAUCUGCGGUGCAGCACCAAACUCGGUUGUCUUCAUCAUCGGUCGGGCCAUUGCGGGCUUGGGAGCGGCAGGUAUCAUGACCGGCGUGAUGGUCGUGAUUGUCCACUCCGUUCCGUUACACAAACGCCCACUAUACCAAGGCAUGUUCGGUGCUGUUUUUGGCACUGCAUCUGUUGUUGGGCCGUUGCUCGGAGGAGUAUUCACCUCCAAAGUCACCUGGAGAUGGUGCUUCUAUAUCAAUCUCCCUCUCGGCGGAGUGGCCAUGGUAGUAAUACAACUUCUCCUCAACAUUCCUGACCAAGAUAAGACGAAGCUCUCGCUUAAAGCAAAGAUAUUGCAGUUGGACAUCUAUGGCACAGUUCUCUUCAUACCAGGCACUGUCUGCUUGGUCUUGGCACUUCAAUGGGGCGGAUUGGUACAUGCGUGGAACGAUGGGCGCGUGAUCGUUCUCCUUGUUCUCGUCGGCUUACUACUUCUGGGCUUCGCCAUGGUCCAAGUCUUUUUACCAAAAACAGCUACCAUACCGCCUAGAAUCUUUAUGCAGCGCAGCAUCGCAGCCGGCUUCUUCGCAACACUCUGCAUAGGCUCGCAGAUGAUGAUCUUUACCUACUACUUGCCCAUUUGGUUCCAGGCCAUCCAGGGAGUCUCGGCGGUAGACUCGGGUUUUCGAAUUCUUCCUACUGUGCUCUCUGUGGUAGUGGCGUCUAUUUCAACGGGCAUACUGGUCAAACGCAUCGGCUACUACACACCCUUCAUGAUUCUCGGAGUGUGCUUCAUGAGUGUCGGUGCUGGCUUGUUGACCACACUACACAUCGAUACUUCCACACCCAGGUUGAUCGGCUAUCAAAUCCUUUACGGCUGGGGAAUGGGUUCCGUUUCUCAGGCUCCAAACCUCGCUGCUCAGACCGUCUUGACAAAGAAGGAUAUCCCCAUUGGCGCCUCCCUCAUGUUCUUCUCUCAGUUGCUGGGUGGAACAAUAUUUGUCUCGGUGGCUCAGAAUAUGAUCAACAACCAACUUCUUCAUCGACUGUCGUCAGUCCCGGGAUUCAGUGCCGAAAACAUUCUGAACUCUGGCGCAACUUCACUGACACAUUUGCCCCCAUCGAUCAAAACGACGGUCUUGGUCGCUUACAAUGAGUCUAUCCGAACUGUCUUCCGGGUAGGGUUGAUUCUAGUGUGCUUGACCAUGCUAGGCGCGUUAUCGAUGGAGUGGCUUAGUGUGAAGAAGGAUGUUGGAAAGCAGAAGCAGGAGGAGGGGGGGAUACUUCAACCUUGCAAUAGGAGUAAAUAA